CUUACGUUUGCGAAUGAUUCAUUAUAAAUAACGGUUAGUUAACGCGGAGUUUAAAUAACGUUAGCUAGUUAGCUAGCAGGCUAUCUUGUUGCUGCUAAUGAUGAUGAUGAUGAUGAUGAUGGCUAACUCUUAUUUACAAAUGUUGUUAAGCGACUACAGUUGAUGCUUAAUGAUUGUGUGAAAAUAUAUAUUAAUUUUAGAUGACUUUAUAUCAGAUAUGCAGAACGUGAGAAGAUUGUGUGUACAUUUAACUACCUCGGUGUUAAAGCUGUCUUUGUGUAUUUGUACUGUACUUUUAUCAGGUACAGUUUAAUGAUAUGUCAGUUCCACCUAGACACAUGCACACUGUAGGUAUACAAUUACCCAGCUGUCAUAUAUCUCAGGAUAGACUGUGGAUCCAACAAAGAUAAAGCAGUUGCUGAAGAUGGAUCCUUUCGCAAUUUAUCUAGACUAUAUAGUUAUUUGGUAUAUAGCUAUACUAGUAAUAGCCAUCUGUAUAUUAUGUUCAUAGUACAUACACAUCUGUAAAUUACUCCUGUAUUACCAUUUUUUUAAAUUUAUUAACUCAUGAAAACACUGUAUAUCCUGCACUUGCUGCUAUUGCACUCUGGUUAGACCUAAACUGCAUUUCGUUGCCUUGUACUUGUACAUGAGUUAACAAUAAAGUUGAAUCUAAUCUAAUCUAAUUUGUGUUGUUUCCUUAAGGAUCUAAAAGCACCCAGCUACCCCAUAUUGUGUGUAUGUUCAUUUAUAUUAACAUUAUAACAGUGUAUUUACUGUUUAUUUAUCUUUCAGAUAAGAAGACACCGGUUGGACAUCGUAUGUUCAAAAUGAGUCCUGAAUUAAACCCGGCAUUUAGACGUUAAAGUCGCCGAUUCUCAGCAAACGCAAUAAAGAGAACCAGUCAGAAAGCAUAAAGGUCUGUAUGGGUGUGACUGGGUUUAGACGAGGGGUUUAGGGCAUUUAUGAGGACCUGAAUGCUGAUUAGCCGGCUGAGGACUGAAUCGAAUGGGCUCGAUGAUGGGUCCUCUUCUGGUCUGGCUCCAGGACGUGGCAGCUGUGACACUGCUGAGGGCUCGGCGUACACUGCUGCAGGCCGCCAUCCUCUUUUGCGUGCUGCUGCUGCUCCUUUGGGUAUCGAUCUUUUUGUACGGCAGCUUCUACUACUCGUACAUGCCUACUGUCAGCUUCUCUACGCCUGUGAACUACCAGUACAGAAGUGACUGUGAAUCUGACGACUCUAUACUCUGUUCCUUCCCCAUGGCUAACGUCUCACUCCUAAAAAAUGGCAAAGAGCAGGUGUUGAUGUAUGGUCAGCCUUAUCAAGUCUCCCUCGAACUGGAGAUGCCAGAAUCACCUGUUAAUGAGCAGCUGGGCAUGUUCAUGAUCAAAAUGUCCUGCUACACCAGAGAUGGAAAAAUCGUGUCCAGCGUGGCUCGCUCUGCCAUGCUGCAUUAUCGCUCCAGUCUCCUGCAGACCCUCAGCACCUUGGUGUUCUCCCCAGUGCUGCUCACAGGUCUGUCAGAGCAGAAGCAGCUUAUUGAAGUAGAGCUCUACUCGGAUUACAGAUCGGACUCUUACCAGCCCACUAUUGGAGCUGUGUUAGAGAUUCAGGCUCGCUGCGUGCAGAUCUACUCUUCCCAGCUUAGGAUCCAUGCCUACUUCACUGGGAUUAAAUACCUCCUGUAUAAUUUCCCUUUAACAUCAGCUGUCAUAGGAGUCGGCAGUAACUUCACAUUCCUCAGCGUGAUUUUGCUGUUUAGUUAUCUGCAGUUCAUUUGGGGAGGUUUGUGGCCCCCAGAGCAGGUAAUGAUGGGAGACACAACACGUCUACAAAAGAGAAGAGAGGAAGCUCGGAGACGAAUGCGCACAACGGCAAGUGCACCAAACCUGAAGUAUGAAGAGGAACAAGAAGCGCCUGCAGACCGACCAGCAGAGAGCAAUCAAACUGAAGGGGCUCUUGAUACGCUUGGAGCCAUUAGUUCAGUCGGCGAAUCUUCAAAGAAUGAAGAGAACGAUCUUAACGUUCCACGUGUACCAGAGAUCAGCGUCAGUAACGACUCUGAGCUCGAUGAGAGAGCCACACAGGACACCAGUUUAAGGCAAAGACACGGGCCCUGGAUGCGCCUGUGAGUUCGACAGUCACCGUUCUUGGACAUUUUCUCUUUGAGUUACAUCAGUGGUGUGUGUGUGUGUGUGUGUGUGUGUGUGUGUGUGUGUGCACAGAAAAGCCAGAUCCCACCAUGUGUUACUUGGUGUUUUUUUUUACCUCACUGAGCUUUAACGUUUCUCUCAGCUCUACAGCUGUGUUUGAAGCUUGCUCUGUUUUUUUACACAAUUAAAUAGUAACACACAAAAACACACUCAGAUGUAUACUGUAUAUUUACUAACAACACUUUUAUGCUGUUCGUGCACGCGCUGCAUAAAGUACACUCCGAUGCUACCACGUUUAUUUAUUACACCUCUAAUAAAGGUGAACAACUGCAGAUUCCAACCACAGUUUAGUUUUAAAUUCUGAACAAAAUUCCUUAUUGCUUUCAGGUCAAAAUUAAAUAUUCUUCAGUUACAUUAUGCUGUUUAUGGCAUCGAUUUUGUUGUGUUACAGUUAGUCAGUCACAGGUCACAGAUACUGUUGCUAGAAACAGACAGUGAGUUUCAAAUUUUCACUGAGUUUGUUGACCAAGCCCAUGUGUCUGCAUCGAGCGGGAAACGUCCGUUCGUUUAAAGAUUGUCGGAAUAAAAGGGAUUAUACUUUAAUCCAGCAUAUUAAUAAAAUAGAUGUUUAAAUUAGAUGCAUCCCAAAUCUCAUACCUAUUCACUAUUCUAUGCCAUUGUGUAGUAGAAGUGCUUGUGUGAGGACUGUCUGAAAAUUCUAACAAGAUGUGCACUUUAUGUACCUCUAUGAUGCACUUAUUCUCUCUCUCACACUCACACACACACAGAAAAACAAAGUUGGACGCUUCAUGCACUCAAAGCUCGCAGCUGCACUUACAACCUGGAAAACAGCCAGGGCUACCAGUCACAGAUGCCAUUCAAGAAACCGUAUUCAAGAUGGCCGACAUACGUCUUUGGCAAAUGUCUUACAAAUUGGGCCUCGUUUAUUUUUUUGCGAUGUAUUUUCUGACAUUUUAAAAUCGGACUUAUUCUGUCAAAGUUAGCUGACAUGCUUUCGAUUCGAGUCAUUUUCCAUCGACUGAGAAACGGCUUAUAAUCCCAGCUAGGUUCCAGCUAGCGUUGAAUAAAGUGUGUAGUAUGUCAUUUGGGAUGCAGUGAUUGUCAGUGUAACUUUACAUAGGGACAUUAUGUAUUAUGUUUACCAUAAUACAAUAAGAUGGGUAUCAGUUGUUCCAAAGACUUUAGAAAUAUCUAUGGUGUCCUGGAAAAACAAACAAACUGUCACCAAAAGUUUAUAGAAGUUUAUAAAAGGUACGCAAGGUUGUAAUGAUUAAAAAGUUUAAAUGAACCAUAUGAACUGUGAGCAGUUAGAUCAAGAGUGACUUUGAUAUUUAUCUCGGUUGUUAAAACUAAAUCACGAUAAAAUCUAUUGCUAGUUUUCCAUCAAGGGCAAGUCAAACGAAAACCUUGUCAUGGACCUCGAUCUCAGUAGCUCCUUCUACUGCUACCUUAAAGCUGAUAGACUUUUGCGACACAUUUGUGCCAUAAACAACUUUUUGUUUGCUUACCAACAUAGUUUUGUUUUUAUAGCCUGUUUUUAAGACUGUAAAUAAUAGAAAGCUCAGCAUGUGCAGGGGUCUCCCGUGUCGCCACACGUAUUCCAGGACACCUUAUUAAUUUUUUUAUUUUAACUCCUAUUUUUAUACUAAUACAUUGUUUUUGUGUUUAUUUUUAUGUCUUAUACAUUUUAUAUGUUGGCCUGGUGUAAUAGACACAUAUUAAUGUGUGUACAAUGUUGUGUUUUCAUGUUAUUUAUGUAUUAAAAUAUUAGUUCUCUGUA